GCCGCCAUGUUGUGCCACGGGGAGGGCCUGCUGAGCUCCCUCACGGCGCUGCUGGGGGUGGUGCUGGCGCUGAGCCGCAGCCCGGCGCUGGCCUGCCUGCUGACGGCCGGCCUCUACCUGGCGCUGCACCUCUUCAGCCUGGAGCCCGCCGCGCCUCAGAGCGCCCAGCGCGUCCUGCGGCCCCGCGGCGCCGCCGCCCGCAUCGCCCACCGCGGCGGCGCGCACGACGCGCCCGAGAACACGCUGGCGGCCAUCCGACAGGCAGCUGAGAAUGGAGCAACGGGUGUUGAGCUGGAUCUAGAAUUUACUGCAGAUGGUGUUCCUAUUCUAAUGCAUGAUGAAGCAGUAGAAAGGACAACUGAUGGGUCUGGAAGAUUGUGUGACUUGACUUUUGAUGAAAUUAGGAGGCUUAAUCCAUCUGCAAAACAUAGGCUAUGGAGCAAAUUCCAGGGUGAAAAGGUACCAACUCUGAGAGAAGCUGUUGUGGAGUCUAUGCAUCACAAUCUUACAAUCUACUUAGAUGUCAAAGGCCAUGCAAAUCAGGCAGUUGACGCCCUAAAACAACUCUAUCUGGAAUUUCCACGUUUGUAUAACGGCAGCGUAGUCUGUUCUUUCAUGCCAGAUGUUGUUUAUAAGAUGAGACAAGCUGACAGAAACGUUGUAACGGCACUAACACACAGGCCUUGGCAUCUGAGUCAUUUUGGAGAUGGGACGCCCCGUUUCAAUUCCUUCUGGAAACAUUAUUUGUAUAUGAUGAUGGAUGUCAUUCUAGACUGGAGCCUACACAGUUUCUUGUGGCGACUGUGUGGGGUUUCAGCUUUCCUCAUACAGAAAAAUUUUGUUUCUCAAGAGUAUGUGAGGCACUGGUCUUCAAAAGGAAUUCAAGUGGUGGCCUGGACAGUGAACACAUUUGCAGAAAAAAGCUACUACGAAAGCGUCCUUGAAUCCAGCUACAUCACCGACAGCUUGGUGGAAGACUGUGAUCCUCAUUACUAGACCUGUGCUUUGUAGACAACUCACCAACCAAAAUAAGCUGUCUUACUGGGGCAGGUCUGAAUUCACCAUCGAGAGGGUAUCCACUGGCGUAGAUGGGACUGCUAACGAUAGUUCUAGGAAAAGGAAGAGCAGUAGUUUACUUCUGCUGUAUGGUCAGAUCUGGAAUGCAGAAAAACCCUCUGCUGCAGCACUGGACAAAGCUGAGGUACAGCCAGUCGCAGUCUGAGGAGAUCACACUGUAACGUAAAAGGAUCGGUUUUGACAAGCUAACUGGGCAGUACGCUGUAUGUGCAGGUUGCUUUGUAAUUCUCAGACUAUUCCUUUGCUUUGUUUAAAUCUUGGUUAUAAAGUCAUAUCAGCAAUUUUUGGUGGCAAAAAUAUAAAAGCAUACCUUGAUUUUAGUAAUUUAAACAGUCUGUUCUAUGACUGUAUCAUAAUUUGAGGUUGAUUUAUGGCAUCGUAAAAACAUCUACAUUACUGUUCUCAAAACAGAACCUGAAAAUAAUGGUGCCAAAAUAGAGGGUGAGUAUAUUUCCCUCCUACGGCAUGGAAAGAUGGCUGUGCUGUGUCUUGACAAGGAAAAGAAAGCCAGCUUUCCAUGUUCAAUGUGAAGACUAUGAGAAUUAAUGAAUAAAACUUGAGAGUAUCUUCUUAUCUUCUAUACCUUUUAAGAUAACCAAGGGAGGAUAGAAGAUUAUGUCUUCUAAUGAUACAGCACAUGAAUGUAUUUAUUUUUAAAAGAAAGCUAUAUGUUGAGUGCUAGUCACGGUAGAACAAAUAGAGUUGAAAUGUCUUUUUACUUUGCUUAUUGUUUGCAUGAUUAAAGGACACUCACAAGGAUAUGUGGGAAACUGUAAUCCAGAUUUAACUUGAAAUCAAAAGAGUCUGCAGUUACAAUAAACAGGUUGGUAUUCUUUAUCAGCUGUGCACCAGUAGAUUGAUGUAAAAUGUCAAAAUUAGUGCAGGUUGCUUGCUAUUUUUUCUAAAAAGUAAACCCCCUAGGUGUUCUCAUCACAGCUAGCAUCGAUGUGCCAUGAACAAUUUUGGCUCUGCUCUGGAAGGAGCUGGUAGUUAGAGAAGACUGUCAAUGAUUAGCAGGAGCAGAAAACUUCUGUGGAGCCAGCCCUAACAUAAAUUAGGCCACCUUUUCUUAAUGGCCAAUACAUGGAACUACUAAGUUUAACAAUUUCAUUUCAGAAGAAUGUGAUACUAAUUUCAAAUGUUCAAAUUCCUCAUUUCUGUUAACUGAUUGGUUACCUGCUGCAGGUUACUCAGACAUAAUCUCACAAGAUACCUUAGACUGCAUGCAUAGCGAUUUGUAUGUUUGAGUAGAAAGCGUAACCAUGUUUUAGUAAGGUAGUUCCUUGUGCUACUUCAGUGUUGUUGAAUUCAUUGUUUCCUUGUUUGGGCAUUGCUGUGUUUCAGCUGACCUGCGGCACUGUACGCUGGGUGAUCACUUUCGGAUGUGCUAGGGGAAAGCUGCACUUACCAGAAAUGGAACAGCAGAUUGCAGUUUGGUACAUUGCUUUGGCUAUAAAUGUUCUUGAUAGCAUGCCUCACGGUUAGAAUUAGUUCUCAUGCACAGAGCCAACUGAGAUUUAAAAAAACUUCUGUAAAAGAGGCAAAAGGUAACAGAAAAAAUUGUAAAAAAGUAAUUGGUGGAAAGAACUACACAAUUGUCCUAAUUAAGGCAAGUCCAAACUUCUGAAUUAGCAGCAGAUUAAUGCUGCCUUCUGCAAGGGGUGAUGGGUUUUUUGCUUGUACCUUGAGCUAUAUGUAAGCACAAAGAACAUAGGAGUAAGGAGGUGGUUUUUCCUGUCAGGAUGAUGAGAGACUCUUCAGUUCACAUCAGUCAUCCACCUUGCACUGCAGAACCAAUAAUCUCAGUCUUCUGGUGCACAUCCUAUAGCAUGUGUACAUUAUGCCUUCAACCAGGUUUUGUCUAGCCAUUUCCUGAGUGCUGUAGCCUCUGCCUUUACUGCUGUGUUCAGUACAAGCAGCCAUCAGAAGAGCAAGUGACCCUUGCUCCAAAGGUCCAUUUUUUGUUGCUGCUUGAGUUGCUGGCACUGUUGAGUCACUGCCCUCAGUGCAAACACGAGGCCCAUAUUCAAUAUUCACAGCCAGACUCCACAGCUAUACAUGCAGAAAAACCUAAUAAAAUUGAAUCUCUGGUCUUG